AUGGCUCUCGCAGGUUCCUUGUCUGAACCAGGAAAACCCAUAUAUUGGACCGACGACAAAGUCAAGAGAGACGUUGUCGCUGCCUGGAUUCCGCGGAUGAAGCUAAACGAAACCAAGAAACAUCAGACGUGGGAGGACAAGCCGUCCUUCUUCACCUACGCCGAGAUCUACUUCGCGGCCGAGUACUUCGGGCUGGAGCACCUCAAGGCGGGCAUGGUGCGGUGCGUCGAGGAGCUGUCGCGGCGGGUGGUGGCGCUGGGCGACGAGCCGCACUGCGCGCACUGCCCCUACUUCCGCGCCGCCCGCCGGGACAGCCGUGCCGCCGCAGCGGCCGAGUGGGAGGCGCAGCAGCACCUGGCCUCGUUCCUCGACGCCGUCGUGUCGGUCGAGGAGCACCCCUGGAGCGCCCGCAUCCAGAAGGCCGUCUACGACGCCGGCGACCGCAUGAAGACGCAGCUCGUGCGCCUGCCGGCCUUUCGCGACUUCGUCGAGCGGUACCCUGGCGGCAAGGGCUUUGCGCGGGCUAUUGGGUUGGGCGGUUGCAUCUGA